UUCUCUAAUUCUUAGGGUUCUGAGAAUUAGCUAGCCGCGGCUGCUCUUCAACCUUUCUCAAUUCUCAACUGAACUCAUUCAGUCUCUCAAAUUUAUGCUUGUUUAACUACACAUAUACCUUUCUCAAUGUUCUUUCCAUCAUCUGUUAUUUUGUGUUUUUAAUUUAUCUUCACCUCUGCCGAUGCAGAAGCUAAGAAUGAUUUUAUUUCUUAUAUUAUAUUAUUAUUAACAAGUGUAAUUUCCUUGAUUAAUUGGUGGGUUAAUUAGAGUCUCAUAAUCUGACUGAGUAAAGCUCCACUUUGUAUCUCUGGUUCUAAUGCAUGUACCAUCACUCGGAUUACUUCCAGAACGAAUGAGGGCUCGAUCUAUUGUGCCCAUUUCAAAGAAACAAGAAUCUGGUUAAGAAAAAGACAAGUCAGAUGCUUGUGAGGUAUUCAGAUCUGAGUAUGAAGGAUCAGGUGCACUUUCGCAACAUGAUGAAGAGAACAAGGAUGACUUAUGAUUCGCUACGUGUGUUGGCAAGUAUUGAGGAUGAGAAAAGAAUUAUUGAGGAGAAGAAAGUGGCUGAUGAAGUUUUUGUGGAGGCAGAGAAAAGAUUGGUUGAGAAGAGGUUGGAUGAGGAUAAGAUAUUUGUUUCUGAAGCUGUGAUUAUGGAGACGGAGAUGGGAGCUGGUGAUGAGAACAUGGAAGAGGCAGCAACAGGUGUGGAGGGGGAAAUGUUGAAUGGAACAAGAUGUCAUAAUCAUAUUCGUGGUGACAUAAAGGCUGCGAGGUUAAUGAAGGACAGAGAGUUAUGGUUGUAUGGUAAUAAAAGGAUAGUUAGGUUUCACUCUAAUUCAUUUUCCUUCAUAAGGAAAGAACUUGAAUUGUUAAAAAAAUCAUUUGAGGAAUACAAUGGACAAGUAGAAGAGAGGCGAUUGCGGUCUGCAAAAAGUGAUAUUGCACAACAUAUGCUUAGUGACAACAACAACUUCUAUUGAAAUAUGACGUAUGUCAAAAUAGGAUAGCGUUAAUCUUUGAUGAUUAGGCUCACGUUUCAAAUUUUAGAAUGUUUAAGUA